AUGAGCAGCGAUGGCAUAUCAGCAAUAGACCAAGAACUAAGCGAGCUUUCUUUGGGCGACAUAAACAGUUAUCUUUUUGAUGUUUUGGAUGGCACUGACGAGUAUCCCAAGCCCCAGAAAAUAUCCAAGGAAUCUUUUGAUACUGGUCUCAAAGAUUUAAUCACCAACUCAAAAAUCUCCAUUAAAGAACUUGAUUCUAAUGAUAAUUUUGAUAUUGAUGAAUUUUUGUAUAAAAAUUCUCGUUUCUAUUUCUUGAAUGAUUUAUCCAAGGAUCUCGAUGGAUUGAUCAAAGAUCUCGACAAUGACUUGAUACUAUUGAUCAACGACGAGCUAUAUGAUGAUGUUAUAAAAUUAACAACUUCAAUAAAUAAGAAUAAAAAUUUUGAGGAUUUGAUAAGUAACUUGAAGGUAUCUUUGAUUGAUUACAUUAAAUUUUUGAAUAAGAAUUUAAUUGACUACCAAUCCACAAGCAACAUAAUAAACGUUAAUUUAUACUAUAAAAAGAAAUUUUUCAAAGUCAACAAAUUUAUUGAAAAGUCAAUAUUGCUAUUUGAUUUGGUUGAUGUUUUUGAAAAAAAAAUGAAUAAUUUUAGCGACAACAUUGAGCAAAUAAAAGAAUUGACAUCUUUUUAUUUCUCAAUUCAUCAAUUAAUCAAUUCCUUGUCCUUUAUAGAAGACAUAAAAGAAACUGACAGACCAGAAAAUAAAAAUUGUGACGAGGUUUUGACCUUAUCUUCAUUAAAAUCCUUUGAUGUUCACAACAACAUAACAUAUUUAAAUAACAUAACGUUAAAUGAUUUGUUAAUAGCAGAUGCAGAUUCCAACGACGAUACACAAAAAACUGAAACCAAAAAUACAUUGAACAAUGAAUCGUUUAAAUUUUUAAAACAACUAUUCAAAAAAGUAAAUGUUUUGAGAUUUGAGUAUAUAGCUCUACUAAAUGAACAUUUGGACAAGAUAAAGGAUAUCAAAACAAAAUCAGUUGAGUUGCAUGAUUUAAUGGGGAUAUAUGAAAUAAUAGGGAAAAAUAAAGAAUUUUUGAAAAAGCUUCAUGAAUAG